UGCUAUUGUAUUACACUUCCAUGUUUUUCACCUUAAACAUUGUGACUUUUCACUGUGAUGUGAGCUACAACCGCGGGGUUCUCCGCUGUCGUUCAAUCCACCCCGGCGUCCACGAACCGUCUGCGGCCCGCCGCGCGCCUCCCGCCCGCCAGAGGAGCUGGUCCACCCGGAGCAACAUGGCCAGCUGUGUGGCUUUCCAGACCAAGUUAACCUCGAUCAUGGAGAUGCUAGCGAAGGCGGCCGUGGUGGAGAUCGGCAAGCUGUGGGAGGAGAGCUUCGCCCUGGUCCAGGCGGAGCUGCGGCGACGGAACGACGAGAUCGAGGCGCUGAAUAAGAAGCUGGUAUCGAUGGAAAACGAGAGAUUAGCGGCUCCUUCUCACGCCACAAAUAGAUCUUCGUGUUUUUCCAAUAGAGAGCAGCAGAGCAAGCUACUGCCCGCUAGCGGUGAUGGUCCGACUGUGGAAUCCAUGCAAACUUCAUCUUCUGACCAGAUCAUCAGGGAUACAGCAGACACGUCAGCAAAUCACAAGGCGACGUCCCCACCGGCUCAAGCAGAAAGCAAACAGAACGAGCUGCUCAUGUCUGACCACUGUGAAAACGACAAGAUGGAUAAUGGUGAUUCGUUUGUCAAGCUGGAGGACGAGGAUGACGUCCAGAUCGUGGACCAGAUCGUGGAGUUGGAGCGUAACGCCAGUGAUGGAGCCGGCCACCACGAGAUGGACGUGAACCAGCAACCCGCUGAGGCUGCGGAGGAGCAGGAGGGUCAGCAGUGGCUGUGUGUUACCGUCGGAGACAGCGACACUGCAGAUUCGGACUGCUUCUUUGAACCAAAGCAGCUUUCACAAAAUCUGGACUCGCAGAUCUUCCUCAUUGAAAACGCCUUAAACAUUAUUGAUAAAUCAGCCAAGAAGAAAUGUUCGGAGAAGCUGGCGAGGGACGACGGAACAGUGCAAGGUGGAUCAGCCGAGCCCAGUGAGCCCAGUGCCCCGGUGCCUUUCAGCCAGUCUCAGCCAAGUCAACCUCUAGAAGCAAUAAAUCCCACAGACACAGGAAUGUCUUUCAGGUGCAUUUCAGAAAAGCCACACGACACUAAAAACAUGGCCCCUUUUCACCCAGACAACCGGUUUUUUCUCUUCAACGACCCCGAGUUAUACAAGAGUGUGACGAACCGGCGCAUCCUGGAGAAAUGGUACAUCUGCCCGUUCUGUGGUAAAAGCUUCGACCGCAUCAGUCACCUGGAGAUUCACCAGCGGAUGCACACGGGGGAGAAACCGUACACCUGCGAUAUAUGUGGCAAGUGUUUCUCUCAGAGGAGCAACCUCCGCACUCAUCAGCGGACUCACAAAGAGUACGUUCCUCAAAACGCUGUUCAGUGACGUUGAUUUCAAUGCUUGAGAAGAGCUAGAACCUUCCCAGUGGCAUUUCUGUGUAGUUGAACUAACAAAUUCUGUUUUGUAUUUUGAUAUUGCUGGAAAAUAAUGUAGCUGACUGACUUUACUGUGCUCACAUUUAAAACACUAUACCUUCGGCAUAGCUAGGAUGAUAAUGAAUCCAGUGGGUGAUGUUCUGCAGAGGCUU